AUGCCUUCCAAAUACCUGAACCUCACAUCUUUGCAAACUCCAUCGAACAUUCCGAUCAACACUGGAAUCUUUCGAAACAUCUCCGUCGAGGGAGCCAACUUCAUUCUGUCUGAUGAGGGCAUUUUCCUUUCCCCAUCAUCUGAUAACAUCAUCAUCCGCUAUUCCACCAAGUCGUGUGCGGAAUUUUACCAGCACCAUGGACGAGAAUGGCCGCAGAUAUGCAGUGAGCCCAUGGGGCUGCUGAGCAACGUCUAUCCUUUAUAUCAAACGCUUGACAGCAUAGGAUGCCAGGCGAAUCUUUAA